CUGUCCGGGUUUAUUUCAAUAUAACUACAAAAUAAACAUGGCAGCAGCUGUUGUGGGAAGAUGGCUGUCUAAAGGGCUGCCUAGAGUGAGUCUCCUGAGGCCAUCAGCCAGUGCACAAGUGUGUCUAGCUGGGAGAUGGUAUUCUGACGAGUUGGAGUUCAGAGAGCCUGACUCAGGGCAGUACAGAUACACCACCACUCAUGAGUGGGCGUCUCUCAAAGGGAACACUGCAACCGUAGGGAUAUCAAUCUAUGCACAGGAGAAACUUGGUGAUGUCGUGUUUGCUGAGCUACCUGAUCUAGGACAACAAUUGGAAAGAAACGAGACGAUGGGUGUAUUGGAGAGCGUUAAGGCUGCUGCUGAUAUCCAUUCCCCUCUGUCGGGCACCGUGGUUGAGAUCAACUCAGAACUGGAGGAUGCCCCUGAGCUAAUUAACGAGGACCCCUACAACAAAGGUUGGCUACUCAAGUUGAAAGUAUCAGGAGAGGAGGAAUUUCACGAGUUGAUUGACAAUAAAGAAUACAAGAAAUUUCUCGAAGAAUCAGUAUAACAACAAGAAUCAGUAUAACAAACCAUGCUCUAGUAGUUAUUCAUGAUCUGUAUAAUUGUUAAUGCUGUCAAGCGUUUAUGUCAUUUUGUGGUUGAUCUAUCAUGCAGUUGAAUAUGUUGUCAUUACAUUUGAAACAGA